AUGGGUAAGAGUGCAGCGGCGCAUAUGAAAAAAUAUCGCGAGAAAAUGAAAAACGAUAAAGUAAAAUACGAAAAUUUUCUUAAAAAAGAACGUGAUAAUAAAAAAGCAACGAAAACGAAACUCAAUGUGGUGGAAUUAGCAGCACUGCGUACAAAGAAUAAUUUACGUCAAAAAAAGUAUCUUAAUAAUAAAACAAAACGAUUAAUUAAUAAACCUCCACCUGUUGCAUUUAAAAGUCGUCAAUCGAUCGGGAAAGCUAUCAAAAAAGUUAAUUCGGCACUUCCAAAAUGUUUAGGAAAAAAGAAGGUUGUUGUCCAGCAUAAUGCAAAAAAGUUGGAAUUGAUUGCUCCAUCUAUGCAUGAGCGUGUCACUGCUCAGCAUCCAGGAAAGUUGAAAGAGGCGGUUCAAAAGUUUUAUGUUCGCGAUGAUAUUUCUUACCAGUUGCCGGGAAACUUCACAAUUCAAGCAACGAUUCAUGUUUCGAAAUUAGUACAGCUAGCUCGAGAUUUUUCGUUUGAUUUAACGUGGAACUUUUAUGCAACUUUCCACGGGAUAGGUGUUGUAGACGGUAUUGGAGGAACAGUCAAACGUUUAGUUUGGGGAGCGGUUUUGGCAGGUCAGACCUGCAGAUCAGCAGAAGAUUUUGUUCGUAUUGCAAAGCAAAAAACAAAUAAAAUAACAUUGAUUGAACUCACUAAAAAUGACAUUGAUGCAUCAAAAAAUAAACUUCAAAAUAUUUUUGCGGUAGUGAAAGCCGUCCCGGAAACGUUAAAAACUCAUUGUAUUAAAGUGAUUGAUAAUAAAGCUAUUGAAUCUGUUGUUUUUGAAAAACAACAGCUGAAUACAGUUUUAAAUGUUCAGUAUUCUAAAUUAAUAGAAAAUCCUGUUGACGUUAUUAAACAAAUUUAUUUACAUUAUAAACUGGAUUAUACGCAAGAAUUCGAUAAAAAAUUACAGAAUGGAUUGAAAACAACUCCCAAGGAAACCAGAGUAGGCAUUCAUACUCUUUAA